UCAACCCAUCCACUGUAUAUGUUUAACAGUGCAAAAAAUUGUAACUCAAUUAUCACCAUGUUGAAUAACUAGUUGAAAUAACCGCUAUUUGUGUUUCUCCUCUCAAUCUUUGAAUACCGAAGCCAGUCGCUUUUUUGCAAGUCAGUUACAAAGGUUUUUGCUAAGUUAUUCAAUUGACUCACAAUGCCUGUUAAUAUCUUCUGACUUCUCACUAUUUACAAUAGCAGUAACUAAGUUUUCCCUUCACCCUGUAACUAAAAUAAUUUAUUUUCACUCAUUUUUACUUCUUUGUUCUUAACAUUUCAACUAAUCAAAGCUCUUAAGAGAUUUACCUUUACCACAACAACAUCAAUAUAACAAAUAACUCAACCAAUUCAACAUGAAAGUUCAUCUUAUGUACUGGAUGAAGCAAAAUUCUGAAGCUGAUACAGCGAUUUUUAUGCAUCAUUUUCAAGACUCUGUUUAAAAUUACAUUUUUUUAUACCAUUACUGUUGUGCCUUACACCAAUCAAGAUCUGUCAAGAUGAAAAGUUUAUUAAGAGGAUCCAAGAAUAAAAUGAUGUCAGUUGAAGUGAUCACCAUGGAUGCUCAACUAGAUUUUGAUAUAUCGCAUAAAGCAACCGGUGGAGAUUUAUUUGAACUGGUUACACGUACCUUGGGUUUACGAGAGACCAAUUUUUUUGGACUUCAAUAUGUUGAUGUCAAAGGUUAUAUUGCUUGGUUAAAAAUGGAUAAACGAAUCUGUGAUCAAGAAGUUAGAUUAACUUACAAGCCUUGUAAUUCAUCAAAUUCGUCUUCAUCAAGUUUAUCAUCAAAUAGAAACAAACCAGUGCCUCAAAUGUCAUUUCUCUUUCUAGCCAAAUUUUUCCCUGAAGAUGUUGCCGGAGAGCUUAUUCAAGAGAUAACUCAACAUUUGUUUUUUCUUCAAGUGAAACAAGCAAUUCUCAAUGAGGAUAUUUACUGUCCACCUGAAGCGUCUGUCUUACUAGCCAGUUAUGCUGUACAAGCCAAAUAUGGUGAUUAUGAUGAAGCUACUUACAAGCCUGGAAUGUUAGCAGAUGCUGAAGAUUUAUUGCCACAAAGAGUUAUCGACCAGUAUCAAAUGACACCAGAAAUGUGGGAAGAAAGAAUAAGAGUUUGGUAUGCUGAUCAUCGAGGAAUAACGGCAGGUGAAGCAGAAAUGGAAUACCUGAAGAUAGCUCAAGACCUUGAUAUGUAUGGGGUCAAUUAUUUUCCUAUAAGCAAUAAGAAAGAAUCGGAAAUAUGGCUUGGUGUGACUGCAAUGGGCCUUAAUAUAUACGAAAAAGAUAACAAACUCUCGCCCAAGAUAACAUUUCCAUGGAAUGAAAUUCGAAAUAUUUCAUAUGAUGACAAAAAAUUCACUAUCAAACCUGUCGAUAAAAAUGCACCUCUUUUUCACUUUUAUUCAUCUAAAACGCGAAUGAACAAGCUUAUUCUAGAUUUAUGUAUAGGAAAUCAUGAUCUUUACAUGAAAAGACGAAGACCUGAUACUAUGGAAAUGCAACAGAUGAAAGCUCAAGCAAAGGAAGAAAAGCUUCGUCGUCAUGCAGAAAGACAAAAAUUCAUUCGGGAAAAACAAUUGAGAGAGGAAGCUGAAAGGGAAAAGAGAGAAUUGCAACAGCGUUUAUUUCAAUAUCAAGAAGAAGCCAGAGUUGCUCAAGAAGCAUUGAGAAGAUCGGAAGAAACUGUUGAGUUGUUGGCUGAAAAGGCUCGGAUGGCUGAAGAAGAUGCAAUGAUGUUGUCACAGAAAGCAGCAGAAGCUGAAGCUGAGAUUCAGAGAUUUAAAAUAAAUGCAAUUAAAACUGAGGAAGAAAAGUCAAUAAUGGAAAGAAAAGCUACAGAAGCUGAGCUAUUGGCAACUACAAUGGUUGAGGAAAGUGAGAGAAGAGCUAAAGAAGCAGAACAACUGAGAGAAGAAUUGUUGAAAGCUAAAUUAUCUGAACGGGAAGCAAAGGAAAAAUUGUUUGAUAUCUUAAGGAUGCCCUCACAAAGUCCUCAACAUGAUAGCACAACUAUUUAUAUCAAUGGAUCUCAAAUAAAUGACACAGAAUGUCCAAAAUCGCCUACAACUAAUGGUGCUUUAAUCAAUUCAGAACCUUUAUAUAUUACAAAUAAUUUGGAUACUUUUGAUCAUCAUAGUCAAUCGUGUCACAACAAUUUGAAAGAGUUAACUAUAAAUGAUGUAGCGGUCAACGAAACUUAUCCCAUUAUUGUUAAUCCAACAAACUUAUCACCAUCAUGUACAAAUAGUUCAUACCAAUUAUACACAUCAAGUAAUACCACAACGACAGCAACAAGUGUCAGUGCACGACGCCACGAUAGUUUAAAUAAUAUAGUUACAACACCGACAUCUUGUGAAUUGAUCAAUGACACUGAUGUAGAAAAAUUGGUGCUGGAAAUUGAAAAAGAACGAAUGGAAUAUCUGAAGAAAAGUCGCCAUCUUCAAGAACAAUUAAGAGAUUUGAAAUCUGAAAUUGAAGUUCUCAAAGUGGAAGAUCGUUUAACUUCAAUGGAUAGGAUUCACGAGGAAAACUUGAAUCGAGGUGAUAAUAAGUACUCGACAUUGAGACGUACAAAGUCUGGUACUACUAAAGCUCGUGUUGCCUUUUUCGAGGAUUUAUGAUUUUCGCAAUUGCUCAUGUUCCUGUGUGUUUCCUUAUCUCUCUAAAUGUGGCAUUCAAGUCCAGUUAAAAGAAGGAUGCAAUAAAGAAAGUAAAAUUGAUUCGGCAAAAUAUCAGAUGAUAAAAGCUUAAAUUGUUUACAUUGGUUGCGUCGAUUCAAAGAAAAGAAGUUUCAAGUUUAAUGUUAAAAUUCAAAGGACUUUACUGAUUUUGCCAUAAAUAUACAUUUAUCUUUUGUAGCAUACUGAAUACUUGAUAACUUGAUUCUUGAAACUCUCAUUCCUUUCCUUUCUGGACUAAGUUAAUUGUACAAUUUCUUUCAUCACUUAAAUUUUUCUCAGCUUUUUUACAACUUUUAUCUCAAACAAAUUGACAAGACAAAACUAGUCUCAGCAUCUUGUCAGUAAAAACUCUUUUUUUUCAAUGUGUAAA